UCUUGUUCUAUCUAUAAAUCUUUGGGUUGCUUCACUGUUAAUCUACAAAAUUCCCUAAUCCUUGUUGGGUUGAAAAUUGUUGAUUUUUCAGUUAGUUAGGAAUCAAAGUUAUGCCAAAAGAAGCGCCUUCCUCAAGCAGAUGUUCGUUAAUGUUUUCCACUAAAAUGGACGACAGAGGAUGGACUCUGCUACACAUCGGAGCUCGAAAAGGUGAUCUGAAAUUGGUGGAGCGACUCCUCGACGAAGGCAUGGAUGUCAACGUGCGGGCAUGGACGGGAAGUAACUCAGGAGGGUUAACCCCUCUUCACCUUGCUGCACAGGGUGGCCACCUUCAAGUCAUGGAAGAGUUACUGGAACGCGGAGCAAACAUUGACGCAAGAACCAAAGGGGCUUGUGGCUGGACUCCUCUGCACAAUGCCGCUGAGAAGCGAUGCAAGGCAGCGAUCAAAUUCUUGAUUGAGAAUGGAGCGUUCUUGCCACCGGACAUUGAAGACUAUAGAUUCAAUCCACCUCUCUAUCAUUGCCCUGGUCUCGAAUGGGCUUAUGAGGAGAUGAAACGGUUCCAACAAGAAAAGGGAAAGCUUCAAUCUGAUCUUACCAAAAAAAGGAAGCUUCAAUGUGACGAUGAUGAUGAGGGUUCUUGUUACUACAGUACUAAUGAAGGCUAUUGCUACUAUACUCCCUCAAAGUUAAGCGAAGGAUCUCCAGGUUUUAUAUAUACAGCAAGAGUUUUAACAAAUGGAAACUCUCCCAUUUGGACUCUCUGUCUCUGUACUAUUUUCUUCAUCUUGAUUUUCAUGUCAAGCACUGAAGAUGAAAUUUGCUGCUACGAUGGCUCGAUUCUAACAAGUGUUGGCCAUAUGAGGUCGAUUCGGCAGUUCCAAUAAUAAAAUUAGUUUUUGAAAAAAAAAAA